AUGACUUCUGACAGUUCCCCCAGUGCCUGCUUGUCUGAGCCCUGCUCUGGGACUUCCGGUCAUGCAUCAGCUUCAACCUGUUCUGUGGAAACAACCCGUCUCUCCAGUACCUGUGCUACAUCCAGAUGUCAGACUCCUAGCCUCCUCUCCAGGUCUCACUUGCUGACCAGUUGCCUCACACCCUGCUACUUUACUGGGAGUUGCAAUAGUCCAGGCCUGGUGGGGAACUGCACCUGGUGUGAGGAUGGGGUGUUCAAUAGCAAUGAGAAGGAGACCAUGCAGUUCCUGAAUGACAGACUUGCCAACUAUCUGGAGAAGGUGCGUAGCCUGGAGGAGACCAACGCAGAGCUGGAAUGCAGGAUCCAAGAACAAUGUGAACAGGAUAUUCCGCUGGUGUGCCCUGACUAUCAGUGUUACUUUGCUACCAUUGAAGAUCUCCAACAAAAGAUCUUGUGCACAAAGGCAGAGAAUUCUAGACUUGCUGUACAGCUUGACAACUGUAAACUUGCUGCUGAUGACUUUAGGUCAAAGUAUGAGAGUGAAUUGUCCCUUCGUCAGCUGGUAGAGACUGACAUCAGUGGCCUGCGUGGGAUUCUGAAUGAGCUGAACCUAUGCAAAUCCAAUAUGGAGGCCCAUGUGGAGUCUCUGAAGGAUGAUCUACUUUGUCUUAAGAAAAAUCAUGAAGAGGAGGUCAGCUUGCUUCGUGAACAGCUUGGUGACCGACUCAAUGUAGAGCUGGACACUGCCCCCACCAUUGACCUUAAUAGGGUCCUGGAUGAGAUGCGCUGUCAGUAUGAAAAUGUGUUGGCCAACAACCGCAGAGAUGUGGAAGAAUGGUUUGCUAUUCAGACAGAAGAGCUGAAUCAGCAGCAGCUGUCUAGUGCAGAACAGCUACAGGGCUGCCAGAUGGAGAUCUUGGAACUGAAGCGCACAGCCAAUACUCUGGAAAUUGAGCUUCAAGCACAGCAAAGUCUGACGGAAUCUCUGGAAUGCACUGUAGCAGAAACUGAGGCCCAGUACAGCACCCAGCUGGCCCAGAUGCAGUGUCUGAUUGAUAAUGUAGAGAACCAGCUGGCUGAGAUCCGCUGUGACCUAGAGAGGCAGAAUCAGGAGUAUGACGUGCUGCUGGACACGAAGGCCCGGCUGGAGUGUGAGAUUAACACAUACCGGGGCCUGCUGGAGAGGGAGGACAGCAGGCUUCCCUGUAACCCAUGUUCUACAACGUGCACAUCAAGUAAUGCCUGUGAGCCGUGUUCAGCCUAUGUAAUUUGCACAGUUGAAAACUGUUGUGUGUGA